AAUGUUGACGGGGACCACUACGGAACUAGGAUAGUGGUGGGAUCGCAUCAUCCUAUAGCGAUGGCUACCAACUUCUCUUGGAGAUCUUCAUUCCAACACAAAAAACUGAUGCUUCAAUACAACCACAUCGCUCCUCUUCUUUCCAUAACUAGGGAUAGAGAUGAAGGGCAAGUUAAAAUUGAUCCUUCUGGAAUUCCAAAAUUAGAGUAUAGAUUAAGCGGGAAUGACGCAAAGAGUGUCAUUUCUGGAAUCACCACAGGUCUCAAGAUUCUUGUGGCUGCUGGUGCAUCAAGAAUUGGAACAUGUUUGGCUGGUAUGGAGGAAUUUGAGGUUGAUGCAGAAGCUCCAUUAAAUGAUCCGAGAUUUGAAUUAUAUCUUGAGAAAAUAAAGAAAACUGGUGUGACCGAGCUCGCAAGCAUUGGUAGCAUACAUCAAAUGAGCACUUGCCGAAUGGGUGAUGAUCCGUCGAAAUCAGUAGUAAAGCCUACAGGCGAAACUUGGGAAGUAAAAAAUCUUUAUGUUGCAGAUUCUAGUGUGCUUCCUACGGCAACCGGUGUUGACCCUAUG